AUGCAAGAGAGUGUUUUAUUAACCACUAGUUACGUGACGAGGUUGACGAAGGACAUUCCAGUUAUUAUACAGCCCUCUACAGACGGUCAUGAUAAAAUCAAUAUUUUGGAGUUAAACGUGCGUAAGCAUAGCAAUGGUAAAGAUCAUCACACUUCGGACUAUGAAGUCAAGAAUCUUGUUGUCAGACGAGGACAAGAAUUCCGUAUCAGUGUUGUGUUUGACAAGGAUUUCAACAAGACGAUUCAUACAUUAUCUCUGGAAUUUCAACUUGGCACCAACCCUGUCAUCUCCGAUGGAAGUCUUGUAGAAGUUACAUCAUCACCAGUUCCCGGUGAAUGGGGAAUGGAAAUCGCUAAAAUUGACGGAUCUAUUGUUGACCUUGUUGUGUAUUCUGCGUUCAACUGUCUUAUUGGAAAGUAUAAAGUUGCCGUCAUAGCAACAACCGAGAACAUGAAAGAAAGUGUUUACAAGGAAGAAAUAUACAUGCUAUUUAAUCCUUGGUGUAAAGAUGAUGCAGUUUACAUGGAGGACGAAUACUUGCGAAACGAGUAUGUUUUGGAAGAUUUCAACGAGUAUUACUGGGGUAAUGCCAAUCAGAUUGGAAGAAGUUUCUGGAACCAGGCACAGAAACAAGAGUUUAGUGAGGUUGCAUUUUCUAUUUUUAUUUCACCUGACUACUACGAAUAA